AUGACGCUCGGCCGUGCAGGGGCCCGCGGCAGCGCCCCCGGCCCUCCACGCCGCCCGCCCCAGGCCGCGGGCGCUUGGGCCGAGGCCGGAGCCCGCCCGGGUGUCCCCGCCGCCCGUCCGCCCGCCGCUCGCCUGAGCCCAGCGCCGCGCCGCGCCGCGCCAGCCAUGUUCACGGCGGCGGCGGCGGCGGUGCCCUGCGGGCAGGAGAUGAGCGGGGGGAGGCCGGCCCGCGCCCCCCCUCCCAGGGCCGCCGGGCGCUCCCGCGACGGCCAUGUUAAUGCAGAAGCAGCAGUGCAGCCCCCCGGGGCCGCGCGGCGCCCUGCCGAGAUCGUGAGCGAAGUUUGCCUGUGUCGUAGUCCCCGGCAGGCAGCGGUCGCCCGGCCUCCCCGGAGUCCGUCCCGGGCGGAGAAGCACCGGCCCCCUGCCCCGGUCCGCCGCCCGGCGCCGGGACGCGCGCCGCCCGAACCCGCAGUCGCCCCUUGGCUCGCGCCGCCGCAGCUGCCCGAACAUCUGGCUUCAGAGGGGGCCAAGGUCCCUGGGCCGCUGCCCCGGGGGGCGUCGGCCAGGACGGGUUCCGCGGAGGGAACGCAGCCCCAACAGUGGGGAGCUCAGGUUGAUGCAUGGAAAAGUUGA